AUGACAAGAACAACCACCGAUUCUCAAGCUCUUAUUCCGUACAGCCCUGAAAUUGAGAAACUCUGCAAAUUCAAUCGAAAACAAGCAAAACUUGAAAAGCAAAAGCAAAAAGAAGUCAUGGGUGAUCAAGAAGUUGACCCUAAACCUGUGGGAGAUUAUGCUAUCCCGAGUAUUACAAAUGCUCGGACUAGCAUAGCCAGGCCCACUAUUUGGGCUCAGAAUUUUGAGAUGAAGCCAGGCCUCAUCACAAUGGUCCAACAAAAUCCUUUUGAUGGCAGACCUACUGAAGAUCCUUUCCUGCAUAUAACAAAUUUCCAGGAAAUUUGUGAUACGGUAAAGAUUCAUAAUGUUACUGAUGAAGCAAUUCGUUUGCGUUUAUUUCCUUUUUCUCUUAGGGACAAGGCGAAAGCUUGGUUGAAUUCCUUUCCUCCAUGCCACUUCAAAACCUGGAAUGAGCUUACCACAGCUUUUCUGACAAAGUACUUCCCACUUGAGAGAACCAAUAAGCUCAGAACUGACAUCACUAGCUUUAGGCAACGUGACAACGAAACCCUUCAUGAUGCCUGGGAAAGAUUCAAGGAUUUGCAGCGGAAAUGUCCACACCAUGGAGUUCCAGAUGGUGGUGCAAUAUUGAGAAAACCUAUAGCUGAAGCAUUGGAAUUGAUGGAAACUGUGGCAUCCAAUAAUGAAGAAUCUUAUGGGGAAAGAGAUGGAUCCAAGAGAGGUUUGCAUUCGGUAGAUAGUGUUACUAUGCUUAAUGUUAAACUUGAUUUUAUUGUUACCAUGUUGAACAAGGCUAAUAUUAAUGCUAUCUCUAACCCCUCUAACCCUUCUAUGAGUUGUGAGUGGUGUGCAGAAUAUCAUGAUAGUUCUGAGUGUCCACAGUUAGAACAGGCUCAAUAUGUUGCUAAUACUGGAAGGCAGCAAAACAAUCCUUACCCGAACACUUACAAUCAAGGGGUGAGAAAUCACCCUAAUUCUUCUUGGGGGGGUCAAGGUGCUUCUUCUAGUAGACCUGUGGGUCAACCUGGAUACCAGCAGCCCAAACAACAGUUUCAACAAACUCUACAGCCACAAGCACCACCACCUCAAGCAUCAGCAUUUGAGAAUAGACUUGACAAAAUUGAGGAGUUGGUCAUGCAAAUGACUAAAUCAAAUCAGACUGCCAUACAAAAUCUUGAGGUGCAAGUUGCCAUCACUUUGAGAAGUGGAAAACUUGUGGAGACUGAUGCCACAAAAGAGAAAACAGUAAAGUCCACUCCAAAGGAAACUGAACUUGUGGAUGCUGAUGCCGAUGAGAUUGUGUCAAGCAAGGAGAAAUUGGAGGAAUAUUCUACCGUACCUUUGACUGAGGAGUGUAGUGCCAUCCUGCAAAGGAAACUACCUCCCAAGUUAAAGGAUCCAGGGAGUUUUAUUAUACCUUGCUACUUUGGUGAAUUGAGUGUAGUCAAGUGUUUGGCUGAUUUAGGUGCUAGCAUAAAUUUGAUGCCAUUGUCUCUUUAUAAGAAACUUGGAUUGGAAGGCCUCAAACCUACAACAAUUGCUUUACAAUUAGCAGAUCGUUCGGUAAGAUAUCCUGUUGAUAUUGUAGAGGAUUUGUUGGUAAAGGUCGGUAAGUUGAUAUUUCCUGUUGAUAUUUUGGUUAUGGAGAUGGAAUAUGAUGCGGAUGUGCCUGUGAUUUUGGGUAGACCAUUUAUGGCUACUGCUCAUGCCUUGAUUGAUGUUGCAGCUGGUAAACUCACUUUAAGUAUUGGUGAGGAUAAGGAAGAGUCUAGUAUUUUUAAAGCCAUGAAAAGCCUUCCUUUUGAGGAUUCUUGUUUUAGACUUGAUGUGCUAGAUGAAUCUGUGAAUGAGAAUAUGGUAAAAAUGAUAAGUGAUGAUUCUCUUCUCCCAUGUUUAACUUUAUCUCUAGGUGAAGAAGAAGUUGUUGGAAAUUUUCAAGAUUAUGUUGCUAGGUUAGAAGGUAUUGGUUCUUUUAAUAAAUGUUUAGCUAUUGAAGAAUUUCGACAAAGGAAACCCAAAUUGUUACCUUCUUUCCAAGCACCACCAAAGCUGGAAUUAGAACAACUUCCUUCUCAUUUGAGGUAUGUUUUCUUGGGUGAAUCAAAUACUUAUCUUGUUAUUAUCUCAUCUUCUUUAUCUAGUGUGCAGGAAGAGAAGAUUGUACGAGUUUUGAGAAAGCACAAGAUGGCUAUUGCUUGGACCAUUGCUGAUAUUAAGGGCAUUAGUCCAUCAGUGUGCAUGCACAAGAUUCUCAUGGAGGAGAAUAACAAACCCAGUGUGGAGCAUCAAAGGAGACUCAACCCAAACAUGAAAGAUGUUGUGCGAGAUGAGGUGCUUAAACUACUUGAUGCAGGAAUUAUUUAUGCGAUUUCUGAUAGUCCUUGGGUAAGUCCUGUUCAGGUUGUUCCAAAGAAAGGAGGUAUUACUGUUGAGCACAAUGAAAAGAAUGAUUUGAUCCCUGCUAGGAAGCAAACUGGGUGGAGGGUGUGCAUUGAUUACCGCAAACUGAAUGCGGCGACUAGAAAGGAUGACUUUCCUUUACCUUUUAUUGAUCAAAUGUUGGAAAGAUUAGCUGGGCAUGCUUACUAUUAUUUCUUAGAUGGUUACUCAGGUUAUAACCAGAUUUACAUUGCCCCAGAAGAUCAGGAGAAGACCACUUUCACAUGUCCUUAUGGCACUUUUGCCUACAAAAGGAUGCCUUUUGGACUUUGCAAUGCUCCCGCAACUUUCCAACGGUGCAUGAUGUCUCUCUUCUCCGACAUGGUGGAGAAGAUAAUUGAGGUGUUUAUGGAUGAUUUUUCUGUUUUUGGACCUUCUUUUGACGAGUGUUUGUCUAAUUUAGAACAUGUUCUUAAGCGUUGUGAAGAGACAAACCUUGUGCUUAAUUGGGAAAAAUGUCAUUUUAUGGUGCAAGAAGGGAUUGUCCUUGGUUAUAAGGUUGAAAAAGGAACUUACCUCAGCGAUCCUAUCAUGGUAGCACCAGAUUGGAGUCUCCCAUUUGAAGUCAUGUGUGAUGCUAGUGACUAUGCCGUGGGAGCAGUUUUGGGACAAAAACAAGAUAAGAGGUUACAUGUUAUUUAUUAUGCUAGCAAGGUUUUAGAUAAUGCUCAGAUUAAUUAUGCUACCACUGAGAAAGAAUUGCUAGCUGUUGUUUAUGCUUUUGAGAAGUUUAGAUCUUAUCUUGUUGGUUCCAGAGUUGUGGUUUAUACUGACCAUUCUGCUUUGAAGUAUUUAUUGAUAAAAAAGGACACCAAACCAAGACUAAUUAGAUGGAUUCCACUCUUGCAAGAAUUUGAUUUGGAAAUCCGAGACAAGAAAGGGUCCGAAAAUCUGGUUGCAGACCAUCUUUCGAGAUUGGAGCAAGAAGAUAAGGUGGAUGAUGUACCAAUAAAUGAUAGCUUUCCUGAUGAGAAUUUAAUGGCGGUAAAGGAUGCUAAUGUCCCAUGGUUUGCCGACUUUGUAAACUUCUUGGUCUCAGAUGAAGUACCAUUGGGUCUUAAUCAUCACCAAAAGAAGAAGUUCUUUUCGGAAGUUAAGCAUUACAUAUGGGAUGAUCCACUUUUAUUCCAUAGAUGUGCUGAUGGUGUCAUUCGAAGAUGUGUUCCUAAGGAAGAGAUGGUUUCCAUUCUCACUCAUUGUCAUUCACUUCCUUGUGGAGGACAUCAUGGUGCUUCUAAAACGGCUGCCAAGGGACUUGACUUUAUGGGACCUUUCACUUUAUCUGGUAAGAAUAGGUACAUUCUUGUUGCUGUUGAUUAUGUCUCUAAAUGGGUGGAAGUUGUUGCAUUGCCUGACAACUUGGGAUCUAGUGUGGUUAAAUUUGUUCAGAAAAACAUCUUUUCUAGAUUUGGAGUUCCUCGUGCUAUCAUUAGUGAUAAUGGUACUCACUUUCAAAAUGAUCAGUUCAGGACAUUGAUGCGUAAGUAUGGGUGCACUUUCAAAUCUGGAACCACUUAUCAUCCUCAAACGAGUGGGCAAGUAGAAGUAUCUAACUGUGAAAUCAAAGCUAUCUUGGAGAAAACGACUCCUUUGGGCAUGUCACCUUAUCGACUUGUGUAUGGUAAAUCUUGCCAUUUACCGGUUGAAAUUGAGCACAAGGCUUAUUGGGCGGUGAAGGCAAUUAAUUAUGAUCUCAAGUCAGCUGGGGAGAAGCGAUUGUUGCAAUUGAAUGAGCUUGAAGAGAUUCGAAGAGAUUCCUAUGUGAAUGCUCGAAUUUACAAGGAAAGGACCAAAGCUUGGCAUGACAAGAAUAUCCUAAGGAGGGAAUUUAAAGUGGGUCAGAAAGUUAUUUUAUUUAACUCACGCUUUAAAUUGUUUCCAGGAAAAUUGAAAUCUAGAUGGUCCGGUCCCUUUGUUGUGACUAAAGUUCAUCCCUAUGGUGCAAUUGAGAUCGAAGGAGACGAAAAGAGACCUCUUGUAGUCAAUGGCCAAAGAUUGAAGCACUACUUCGAAGGAGAAUUUGUACGCUAUGUUCAUAAGAUCACCUUCUCCGAAUAA